AACUUUAAUCGCGAGUAAUCUUCUCUUCCCGAGUUAUUUUAGCUCUUACAGUCUCACGAAUAGAAGCUCCUCAACCGCAGUUCAGUUUUUGUUCAUCUGCGGUUGCCGUGCUCUAUCUGCUUCGUAAUCUCCGUCGUCGUGGUUUCUCAUUUUCGAAAUGCCAUAACUAGUAGAAGUGAUUAUUAUUAUAGGUAAAAGGUUUUUCCUUUCGCAUUAUAAAUAAAGUAGAAGCAGUAGCGCUUGUGGGUGAUAGCGUUUCAAAAGGUGUUCCAGUUCCAAAAUGUCAGUGAUGUAAAGAUGUUUCUCUACUAUUGAUUGUGAAUCUCAAGUGGCUAGCAUACUUAGUGGUUUUUGCAGCAUACUGUAUGUCUGUAUAUAAUAAAUGAUUUUUUAAAGUAUCUUAUUGAGCAAUAAAUCUCAUAAAAAUUGCCUAAAAAUUUUAGGCAAACAAUCUGCGCUUUCUCGAAUCCAUAGCAGUGUAUACAUUGCUACAGUGAAUCACACCAAGCCAGCAGCAUCAGAGGCUGCAAUCAAAAAGUGUGUCCCGUGACACCAAGAUAGAAAGGGCUUCAGUGACCUCCGGAAAUUACGUUUUUUAUAUUAUUUCGGCUUGAAGAUGAAUUCAGUAGGAACUAACCAGAUGUACUAAAUUGCUUUGAUGUCUUAAAGAUGUCAUACCGCGGUUGAGAGUGCUUCAAAUACCAUUUCGACAACGGCACAGUGCGACAAAAUAGGCGUCACUCAUUUGCCAUACAGUGUCGCACGCCGGGAGCCCUAAAUGGCCCCAUGGCAUCGUGCAGCCGAGCGCACGCUAUCAAGGCGGCGUUGGUGCUGGGCUUCCUGCUGAUAUUGCUUAACCUGAUUGCAUCCCGCCUGGACUCGACGCCGAUAGGAUUGCCACGGAUGGGUACUACUCAGUGGCCGAAACGCACAAGAAGCAGUUCCGAGCGAUUAGCUCAUACACACUUAGAACCUCACGGAGAACGGCACAACGAUAGCAGUCAUAAUGCGAGCAACAAAACCAGCAGAACGGAUACUCUUGCUGAUCAAUCAGUCACAAUCAGCAAGAAUAGUACGCUGCAGAAAAUCAACUUUUCAGACUCGAAAACAAAUCUCAAUAUCAACGAUACUAAAUCUCUACUGAACCUCAUCGAAACCGCGUUGCCAACAAUUUGGGUAACGCCAUCCGUUGACGCAACGCUACAGGGUCAACCUGGUGGGUCUAAUCCAGUGCCAAGCGCUAACCCAGUCAACGGUAGCAGUAUUAACAUUAGUAGCAACAAUCUCACUAGUAUAGACACCAAUGGUAAAAAUCUCAUAGAACCUAGUUUAAGUAGUAACAGCAAAGACGGGAGGACAAGCAGUAACAGUGAGCAUGUUUCUGCAGUGGAGCAGCAAUCGGUAAAUGAAGCAGAAGAAAAUUUCAGCGCAAUUGAUAGUUACAUGCGGAAAAAUGGACAGAGUAACUGUCCUCCGAUACCGCCAAAUUUGGACGGACCAAUCGAGGUGGAUGUUUCGUACGAAUCGUUGUCAUCGGUUGAAAGGAAGCUGGCUCCAAAGUUACAACCCGGAGGCCAGUAUACUCCUCGUGAAUGCAGCGCUCGAGACAGAGUCGCGAUAAUCGUUCCCUACCGAGACCGGGAUCAACAUCUUCCUGUAUUUCUAAAAAACUUACAUCCAUUACUAAUGAAGCAGCAGAUCGAAUACGGAGUCUACAUAGUGGAGCAGUCGGCUGGGACGUCCUUCAAUCGAGCGUCACUGAUGAAUAUCGGUUUUGUGGAAGCCAUGAAGCAAAAGAACUGGGAUUGCAUGGUGUUCCACGAUGUCGAUCUGCUUCCUAUGGACGAUAGGAACCUGUACACCUGUCCAGAUCAACCACGACAUAUGUCCGUAGCGGUCGACACCUUUGGCUUCAAACUUCCGUAUAACACAAUUUUCGGUGGCGUAUCGGCCAUGACCGUGAAGCAGUUCCGCACGGUGAAUGGCUUUUCGAACGCUUUCUGGGGCUGGGGUGGCGAAGACGACGAUAUGUCGAAUAGACUGAAGCAUGUUGGAUUUCAUAUUGCACGCUACCCGAUCAAUAUCGCACGCUACACCAUGCUGAGCCACAAGAAGGAAAAAGCAAACCCGAAAAGGUAUGAAAAGCUCGUCACCGGUGCAAAGCGCUUCGACAGUGAUGGAUUGAACUCGCUGCACUACCAGCUGAUUAAUUUAUUUCGUAAGCCACUGUUUACAUGGGUUCACGUAGAAAUAUCAGCAGAUAGCAGCUGAUGACAGUCAUUUCUACCGAAUUGGCUCGGAUGAAAUAUAUCGAUAUAAGCCAUAACCGGUAUUUUUGCUAACGCAAACCCUCGACUGCGAACCGAUACCGAGGUAGGUGGAUAUUUUCAAUGAAAAUACAAUUCCCAAAUCUCAAUGCAACAUAACAAAACUCGAACAAAUAACAUCGUUUAAACGCUGCUUCCGAUCUGAAUCUAUAUUUUCGUAAGCAUACAAACAUUAGUGUUUUUUCUCUCAGUAGCAAUCCCGCAUAAUUUUGUCAUUAGCAUAAGUACAUUUGGAUAAAAUUGACAGCAGCUGUCUUUUUUACUUAGGGUUUUUCGUGUUAGGUGAUUUUGAUCACACUGUAACAUAAAGCGAGAAAAAAACGAGUGAUUCGGAAACCUUGUUACUUAAUUUGUGAAAAGCGAAUACAAUAAAAUGUAAAUUCCA